CAUUGAUUCGCGUCGCUCACUUUGUUUAAAAUGAUUUGACAAUUUCCGCCACGAAACACGGAUGCCCAUCUUAGUCGACACCGGGUUAUUUUAUAUAGGGCUUUUAUUUUGACAGGGUAGACGCCCGGUGUGUGUGCCUCACUGAGGAAGACUUGACACAUCUCCUCGCCACGCUCUUAGAAAUAAAAGUGCGCUACAGUGAUAAAGAUAUUUUUUCCUGACAUUUUCCUGAAGGGUGGGGUUAUUCCACGCGUGCACGGUGCUCCUAGUCACGCCGCCCCCACCUGCAAGUGGACCUUCUCAAGGCGGUGGCCGUGCAGGAGACGCUUUUUUUGUGUGUGUGCAGCAGCAGCAGCAUGUCGACCACCGGCGGCUUUCUGAACAACAUGGGCUCCGACAGCCCCUCCAGGCCCCGCCAGCAGUUCUGCGGGAUGUUCUGCCCGGUGGAAGGCUCCUUGCUGGACGGCAAGACUUUGGACUUGGACGCGCUCUCGGCGUGCAGAGGCAAGCGGGACAGUCGAGUCAUCGACCGGCAGAGCGACGUUUCCCAGCCCAAGAAGGUGGAGAUCCGGGAGAGCACCGGCAAGGAGGCCCUGCAGAACCUGGGCGACUAUAAGAGUGACCGUCUCCUUGUCAAAGGAGCAAAGAUCGUCAACGAUGACCAGUCUUUCUGCGCCGACAUUUACAUGGAGGAUGGAGUCAUCAAACAAAUUGGGGAAAAUCUCAUUGUGCCUGGCGGCGUCAAAAUCAUCGACGCCCACGGGCGCAUGUUGAUGCCAGGCGGGAUCGACGUGCACACCCGCUUCCAGAUGCCAGAUCGAGGCAUGACAUCGGCUGAUGACUUCUACCAGGGAACCAAAGCAGCGCUGGCAGGAGGCACCACCAUGAUCAUCGACCACGUGGUACCCGAGCCAGGCGCCAGUCUCAUCACGGCCUUUGAACAGUGGCGGGACGGGCUAGACGGCAAGUCAUGCUGCGACUAUUCCUUGCACGUGGACAUCACCGAGUGGCACAAAGGCAUGCAGGAAGAGAUGGAGGCACUCGUCAAGGAUCACGGCGUCAACUCUUUCCUGGUGUAUCUGGCUUAUAAGGAUCUUUUCCAGCUAACUGACACUCAGGUGUACGAAGUGUUUAGUGUGAUCCGUGAUCUCGGCGCAAUCGCUCAGGUGCAUGCUGAAAAUGGAGAUAUUGUCGCUGAGGAGCAGCGUAGGAUGCUGGAACAAGGCAUCACUGGUCCCGAGGGACACGUGUUGAGCCGUCCUGAGGAGGUGGAGGCUGAGGCUGUAAACCGCUCUGUGACCGUGGCCAAUCAAACCAACUGCCCCCUGUACAUCACUAAGGUGAUGAGCAAGAGUGCUGCUGAUGUCAUCGCUCAAGCCAGGAAGAAGGGCACUGUGGUCUACGGAGAACCAAUCACUGCGAGCCUGGGAACAGACGGCUCCCACUACUGGAGCAAAAACUGGGCUAAGGCAGCAGCUUACAUCACCUCCCCUCCGCUGAGCCCUGACCCAACCACACCAGACUAUCUCAACUCUCUGCUCUCCUGUGGCGAUCUGCAGGUGACAGGAAGUGCACAUUGUCCCUUUGACACCGCUCAACGUGCUGUGGGCAAAGACGACUUCAGCUUGAUUCCCGAAGGCGUCAACGGGGCAGAGGAGAGAAUGUCCAUUAUCUGGGACAAAUGUGUGGUGACUGGCAAGAUGGACGAAAACCAGUUUGUGGCGGUGACCAGCACUAACGCGGCCAAGAUCUUCAACCUGUAUCCCCGCAAGGGUCGUAUUGCUGUGGGCUCUGAUGCUGAUCUGGUGCUGUGGGACCCUGACGUCAUAAAGAUCAUCUCUGCUAAGACCCACAACUCGACUGUGGAGUACAACAUCUUUGAAGGAACAGAAGUGCGUGGUGGGCCUCUGGUGGUGAUCAGCCAAGGCAAGAUCGUCUUGGAGGAAGGAAACCUCCACACCACGGAAGGCUCGGGACGCUUUGUGGCCCGCAAGCCUUUCCCUGACUACGUCUACAAGAGGAUAAAGGCCCGCAGCAGGCUGGCUGAGCUGAGGGGCGUACCUCGAGGAUUGUAUGACGGUCCAGUUUGUGAGGUGUCAGGCACCCCUAAAGCCAUGACGCCCGCCUCCUCUGCCAAGACGUCACCUGCAAAGCAGCCAAACCAGCAGCUCCGUAACCUGCAUCAGUCUGGCUUCAGCCUUUCCGGUGCUCAGGUGGACGACAACAUCCCACGCAGGAACACCCAGCGCAUUGUGGCGCCCCCCGGUGGCAAGACUAACAUCACAAGCCUGGGUUAGAGCGUCACCCUCUGGCCGCUGCGAGGAGGAGGAGGAGGAGGAGGAGGAGAAGGUGACGCGGUUGUGAGUAAAGGACGCCCGACAAGUUCUGAGGGUUCUACGCCGCCGACACCUCCCGACAACUGAUUGGGUCUUUCUUCAGCCGUGAUCUUUAAACUCCUUCCCCUCUUGUUUUUUUGUUUUGUUUUUUUCCACACAUUCCCACUCUCCUUUCCCCUUCAAACAAAAAAAAGCUCUGCCUCACACGAUGAAAAAAACACUCUUUAUUUGUGCACUUUUUAUUUUAUUUUAUUUAGUUUUGAUACUUUUCUUCCACCCUGGACUGAUUGAGUGAAAUGUAUUCUUUUCCAUCCUAGAGGGGGCAGCCUUCAGGUUUCUCCUCUCAUUUCAAGAGUAAAAGCAUAUUUGUCUGA